CCUUACUUGACUUUAGGCACUAAUACAAGAGCGCGUCUGAAGUCUGGAGAGUACCCCUUCAUAGUAGAGCAUUGAGCCGCAGUGGCUCGAGUCGAAGGCCUUGCUGCUGCAGGGACGCCGCGAUUGCAUACUAUCAGACUAUCCCCUAGCUUUCCAGAUUAGCGCGGCGGCCGGGCGCGCCUUGCAGCCUGCAUCUUGGAUUCGAUGGCCUCCGUAAGUCCCUUUGGUGCAUUUGGGAGCCCACCCAACCCCAGCGCCAGCGCCAGUCAGAAGCUGGCACCUCAUGCAGAAUACCACCUCCGUGAUUUGGUAGUGCCGCUCUUGGAAGCGGUGGGACUUGUCGUGGUUCUCUUUGCGCUCUUCCUGUUCUAUGGGAGAACCAUUCUGCAUCAUGACGGCCUCGCCACGACUGCGUCGCUAUAAACGGCUACCUGCGAACGCUUUUUUGCAAUAAUCCUCCAUCAUUGUUUAUUCACAGCAUAUUGUAUGCUUGCGGAGGGCAGAUGCGCGGCACCGGAAACCAACUUUCUCAAUGAUGUUGGUUGCGGUCCGCGAGCGCAAUAUCGGGGGUAUCGUCCUCAAGAACAAUGCUCUGAGCUCAAGAAUCGUUGCUUUAUCUAUUAAGUUGCAUGGUGAAGUAUUCAAGUGGGCGUGCCACGUUGCUCCAGAAGCGGGCGCGGCGCGGAGGGGUUGUGUGCUGGGCGUUGGUCCCAGAACCGCAUGCCUGGGAGCAUCAAGCUUGACUGACGAGAUGGGUCUGCAACAGUCCCUCAAGUCGUUACUUGGAGGGUUGUGAUGGUGGAGAGGCUGAGACGAGUAAUCCUUGUGUUUUCGUGUGGUCAGCUUUGCCGGGUGUGCGCCAGCUGCACACACAUAGGCUGCUGGGGAUAUCGAGUAAGAGAAGACGAGACAGAGCCGAGUUCUUUAUCGAUGAGGGACAAACACCCGACGCCGGUGUCAGUACUGAAAAGUUCGUCAGGGGCACCGUCCGGUGGGGCGGACCUUGAGUGGAGCGCGCUUUAAUCCCCUGGUUUGAUCACUGGUAUGGCGCCGUCCCCAGGCGCUGUAGCACAUUUUGUGAUGCACGUAUGUUGUAUUAGUGUGUUUAUGUCCUUGGCGAGUGCACCUCCUUACAAUGCAGUCUGUUCAGCAAGGCUGUGUGGAGGGUCUGGUGCAGGUGCCUCGUGUCAGCGGUGUGUUCUCGAGUGCGCGCGUGAUUUCGAGUCCUUUCAUAUUUUGUUGGCGUGUGUUAUGUGUCCUGCGCCAGCGGCUCCGCUCAGAACGCUGCUGCUGGGAGACGCACGCAGAACGCGAAGGGCCUUGGUGAGAGUGCUGAGCCUGCAUGGUUUUUGCUGCGUUGCGCCUUCGAUGUGCAUGCAAACAGCGGACAUGCUCUGGUCUCUACGGGUGGCGUGUGAACACCAGGGGAUCCCCUGGUGAGCGCCUUGCUGGGGUUUCGGAAAGAUCAUCUAGUAGGUUAGCAAUGGUGACGGUUGCGGGACUGGGCGGCGCAUCCAUUCUUACUAACUACUUAUUGGCAAGCUGGGUGCAGUACCGUAAUAUAUGGCACGUUUCGUGCACACUAUUGUUCCGGAUGGUGGAUGUUGCCCAACAGUGUGAUGCGGUAAUGAGUGCGCGUUUUGUUCUUUUCCGCACAGUUUGGAAUGGUCGCGCGCUGACUAGAGCAUCUUAGGUGUUAUGACAGUUGAUGUGAUUCCUUUCCGAGUACACUCGUUAGUGCCUGCCGAGGAGGUCGGCUUCUACAAGGGGGUUGGGGGCUGAGGGCCCCGUUAACCCCGACACCAUGAGAUGAUGAAACGCCGUAGUGUAGGCUAGUCGCUCGGGGCUGCAUGCGUGCGCCCGCGUUGUGGCCACAGAGCGCCGGCUUGCUGCCCAUGGUCCCUCUAUCAAUUGAUCAAUUCCUGUUGGAGUAAGCUGGAUGGGA